UGCGAGCUGUGCGGGGUGGUGUCGCACGCCAGCUGCUGCCGCGCCGUGCCGCACAGCUGCAGGCUGCUGGCGCUGGCAGCCCCGCUGCCGGCUGCUGGGGCUGAGGCGACAGAGGCAGCAGGGGGGGCGGGAGCAGGCCCCCUGCCGCCCCUGCCCCACGACUGGCGGCCGGCGGGCACCACCUUGGACCUGCUGCUGCCGCCCGCGGAUGCGGAGAUGCUGUUGUCCGGCGGCGCCCCCCCGCCCCACGACCCCACCUCCCCCACCCCCACCCCCACCCCCUCCUCCUCCUCCCCCCCGCACGGCCCCCCCUCGCUGUGCCUCUACUGCGGCGCCCCCUGCGAGGUGGGGCUGCUGGCGGUGGAGCCGGUGUGGAGGUGCGCGGGGUGCAGGCGUUUCGCGCACGUGAUGUGUUGGUGCUCGCUGCACCCCGGAGCGCUGUCGGCGGGCACUCGGGCG